AUGGGAGAGUUAGGGGAGGGAGAUGACAUAUUGUCGUCUGAUGCGUCCGAGAAAGAUGAUGGCGAAUACUGGAAAGAUGUUUCUCGUCGAUUUGGGACCUGUUACUGUCGGAUGGAGGGAGAGGCUAUUAUCGAGUCGGUGUUUCGUCCAUUCCGGGUCAUCCCACACAUUGUGCCAAUUAUCGCUAUCGUUGACAAAGACGACGUCGUUGCAGUAGUCUCCAGUGAAUUGGGACCUGAUUGGGUAAACUUGAAUACGGUACUGCGUCACUACCACAGUAACAUCGAACCGUACUCCCAGAUUCACAAUUUCGUGGCCGCAUCAUUAGCCGAUAUCUACUAUCAAUUUGAUCGGCUCGAAUUUUAUGUCACCGAGCCGCAGUUCUUCUGCGACAACGCUUUUUGGCUGCUUUGUGAUCCUUUUGCCAAAAACACUGACGCAUUCCCACACGAAGACUUCGCCUAUCAGAAUGAGGUGACAUUGAAUUGGAUCAAUGGAUUAACAUCAAACUACGAUUAUAUUAUGAUUCUGAACAAGGCGGCUGGUCGUGUAAGAGGAGAAGUUCAUAACCAUCCUGUAUUUCCGUGGGUUUGUGAUUUCAAACAAAAAGACGGUGGCUGGCGUGAUCUGACUAGGACGAAAUAUCGUCUCACCAAAGGCGAUGAUCAGCUGGGACAGAAUUUCCGUCAUCUGUCACAUCACGUUUCUGAAGUCCUCUCAGAUAUCGGCUAUAUGGUCUAUAAGGCACGAGUCGAGACUAAGUCGAAUUUAUGCAAACAUGUGCGCAGCAAGGUGAGAGUUAAUGAAUUGACAUAA